AUGUUACGACGAAACAAUCCUGGAACUUUCAUUGAUGGAAGAAGAAAUUUUAAAGAUGAUAUGAAAAAUCAUAUUGAUACCAAGGCUAAGCGAGAUCAAGAGGGAAACAAAAAUCCAAAUGCCAUCACCUUGCGUGUAGAAUCUAAUCAAGAACAUGAAUGCUCAGAGAACAUGAAUGCUCAGAGCUAUCAAGAU